UAAGAAGAGUGAGUGGUUGGUAUGAGAAUGUGACACUUUUAGACCAGAAAUGGGACCAACAUGGACACACUGGUACUCUGAUGAACUAAAACUUAAUAUAUUGUUUGUUUUAUUGUUUUAACAGAUUGUAGUUAUUGAUGUGGGAUUAUUACACUAUAGGAUAUUUAAAAUAAUAUUUUAUCUUGACUCUUUGAAAACGUUUAACUUUAGAGAUCAUUUGUAUUUAUUGUUGAAUAAAAAUGUAAAUAUAUAUUUGACUAUGAGUGUGAUUAUUGACUGUGCAGAUACAGAAUAAUCAUGUAGGAACACACACGGGAGGACAGAGUCUGUAUCUAUCUAUCGUUUUAUUAUCACCACAGUCUCGACGCCAGUGGGUGGCUCCCUUACCCUGACAUCUCUUUCAGCACUGCGCAUGCGCUCUGUAUCCUCUGCUCUCCCUCUACCACGUCGAGUGACUGGAAAUUCUUUGAUAAAGAUGCUCAACAUCUCGGGUCGUUGGAGCCUUGUUACCGGGUGAAAACUAGAACUGAGGACUAACACGCACUAACAUACACACAUUCACACACGCGCGUGGAGGAGACGUGAAGAUUUAACAGCAGAACACUCCUCUUCCUCCUCCUCUUCUUCUUCUCUGUCCUCCUGUUUUGCACAGACAUGGAGAUGAAGAAAUCUAUUUCGGACAGCGAACGCGCGCUCAGGAGCUACGGAGCCGUGUCGGAAACGGCAUGGACCACGGAUAAAGGUCACUCCGAUGUGUCCAUGGCAGAGAGCACCAUGUCUCCAGAUGAGAUUGAGGUGGAGAUGGCUCGUAUUCAGCGCCUCAGGGAGGUUCUGGUGCGCCGGGAGUCCGAGCUGCGCUUCAUGAUGGACGACAUUCAGCUCUGCAAAGACAUCAUGAGCCUGAAGCAGGAGCUGAGGCAGAUCGUGGCUGUUCCAGACAAAGAAAAGACAAAGAAGCACAAGCAGAGAGAAGAGGAGUUGAUCCUGAAGAUCCACAAACUGGUGCAGAAGAGGGACUUCCUGGUGGACGACGCUGAGGUGGAGAGAUUAAGGGAACGAGAGGAGGACAAGGAGAUGGCAGAGUUUCUCAGACUGAAGCUGAUGCCUCUGGAGAACAAACUGAAAGCUGCACAAAGUAAUCCCCCCAAACCCAGGAGACAGAUCCUGGAGCCACCUCCCAACAAACCCUCCAUCACCAAGUCAGGGGUCGCCAUCAUUAAGGACUGCUGUGGAGCCACACAGUGUUCCAUCAUGUAGCUGACACAGACCUCUUCACAGAAACCUCGUCCCCACUUCCCCACACGUGCCAGAAGUUCAUCACAUCGCACCAAAUACAUCACUUCCUGUGACCCAGAGCACCCCAGUCAGCUGUGUCUGAUCCAGACUCAGCUGAAGAAUCAGGUUUUUAAAUGUAUUACUGAAGUAUUUGGAAUAGAAGUAAGGUGGAGAAAAGAAAGAAUUCAAUGGAAAAAAAUCCACUGGAUUUAGAGGACUUGCUCAGUGUCCAUAAAAAGUAGAGGUGAAUUCCUGGGUGUCUCUCAGUGACAGGACAAAUCAGACAGUUUUCAUCUCAUCAGCUUUAAGUCAUGUGACCAGUUGAAAUGACCGCUGGUUCCUUCUUUAUCUUUAUCUGAACGUUUCUCCGAACGUCUUCUGCAUCGACCCAUUCGUCACCGACACACGUGGCGAGAGGUUGGAUACAGUACAUACGAUGUAAAUUACAGAUACUGCUGAAAAACUGCAUCCUCAGAGUUAAGUCUUGUGUUUUUUCUGAUGACUAUGAGGAGGUGAAUGCACCCCCGACCCGCUGUAAAUGCCUACAACACAUACUGUAUGUUUGAGUGUAUUUAGGACUUUAGUGACUCACGUUAAUCAAGUGUUGCUCUCUGUUGUGUGACCUUCCUAACGAUAGCUUUCUGUAGUACGAGUAGCGCCGGGAUGGUCCUACCGAUGACUGUUGGACUAAAAUGCAGAAGAUAAGCAGAUAAAGUGAGUGUACAUAUAUGUUUAAAUAAAGAGCAUCUUUCAGGACAAGGUCGUCGUCGUUGCCGUUUUCUUUUUCCUGUGAACAAAACCAGCAGAGAAACUACAAAGACCAGGCAGACGUGAUGCUUGUGAAGUUUAUUAACGUAAAUUCUUUUUGGUCCCUUUUUGUACUCUUUACUGGAGAUGCUGAGGAUUAAUAAAACACUGAGUGACUGGAGAACCCACCCAGCACUGCAGCCACGACAAAGGAAACCUCUUUCUGACAUUGUUCUCUAACAGUACACUGCAGGAACACGGAACCUUCGUGUCGUAUCAAAGAGUGAAGAGUGACACGGUCGUGUGUUCUCCAAACAAAAUUUCAUGAAUCAAAACUAU